UUAGUCUAAUCGGGUAAUUUAUCUUUAUGAUUCAGCUGUUUCUCUCGUGUUAAGGUAUAUUAAAACUGCCAAAUGAUCAUUGUAUUUUGCUUACGAUGAGCUCUGAAUCGCACGCAUCGAGAUGUUCUCCAAUUUGAUUUGAUGCAUACAACCAUCAGUACUGCCAGGAACUUUCGAGCGAGAUGAGCAACAGUGCGGGUUACCUGCGAAGUGACGACGGGGCUUAUGAUGCCGCCGACAAUACAAAAAAAUAUAGCAUUACUAUGCUACAAGUGCUGCCACGAUUUCUCAUGUUGUUAGUUAUGGUGCUGCCCCGUUUGCUAAUGGACUUCGUUCGGGCGUACAUUUGGGCACCGAAAAAAUCAAUUCUCGGACAGGUGGCACUGGUAACCGGUGGCGGAAACGGAUUCGGUAAAGCUCUCUGCCUGCGGUUGGCCCAGGAAGGAUGCUCGAUCGCGAUCGCUGAUAUCGAUAUGAUAAGUGCGCAGAAAACCGCCGAAGAAAUUCGACAGCUCGGUUGCCGCGUUAAGGUAUUCAAGGUGGACGUAAGUGAUCUCCGCUCGGUGCAGCAGCUGCGGAUCGAUGUUGAGUCGAAGCUUGGUCCGGUUGAUAUUCUCGUGAAUAAUGCUGGGUUAUUGACGACUUUUUCGUUGUCCGAAGGUAGUGCGGAAGAUGUGCGUAGGGUUUUCGAUGUUAAUUUAAUGUCACAUCUGUGGACUAUUCGAGAAUUCAAGGACGGUAUGAUUCAACGUGGUCUUGGGCACAUUGUUGGUAUUAGUUCUAUUCUAGGCUUUUUCCACUCAUCCAGGGCUGCAAGCUAUUGUACAACUAAAUUCGCGAUUCGAGGUUUGAUGAGAUGUUUGGACGAGGAAUUCUUUCAGCUGGGAUUGGAAAAUAAAGUAACCGCAACGUGCGUUUAUCCGGUUUUCAUGUAUACCCGCCAGUCACUGAUAAAUAUGAUUGUAGAGCGAGGCUUGUUUCCGGUCUUAUUUACUGCCGAACGGGUGGCCAAUAUUACAGUUGAUGGCAUUCUACAAAAUUGCACAGAAAUCAUCGCAGCACCAUUCUACAUUCGAAUACUGAUGAAAAUUUAUGAGUUCUUUCCUUUGAGCUAUCAGCACGCAAUCUCAACCCUGCAGGUUAGUCCAGCCAACGUGAAACGUUUCAAACAAAAAUAGUAAUAAAAAUUGGAACCAAUUAAUCAAUGUGAUAUAAACAGGAUCAUAGACUAAUGCGUUAUUAAUAAGAAGUGUCGUAAAAUUUAUACAAAUUUCGGUUGGGAAUACAAUAAUAAAACUAAUGAGGCAAAAUAUU